AUGGGCCAGUUUCGCCCUCGCAGAAGACGCACCGCGCUGCUAAACAGAUCAAGUUCUGGGAAAAAUGAGGAGAAAAAGGGGAAUAAGGGAAAUGGGAAAAGUGAAUCUGUUUCUGAAGGUGGAAAGACAGCCGUGGUGUUUUCCUUGAAGAAUGAAGUUGGAGGAUUGGUGAAAGCUCUCCGACUCUUCCAGGAGAAACAUGUGAGUAUGGUUCAUAUUGAAUCAAGAAAAUCCAAGCGAAGGAACUCGGAGGUAGAAAUUUUUGUGGACUGUGACUGCAGUAAGAAAGAAUUUAAUGAACUAAUCCAGCUGCUCAAGUUCCAGACUAACAUCGUGUCUCUCAAUCCACCGGAAAACAUCUGGACUGAUGAGGAAGAUCUCGACUGUGUCCCGUGGUUCCCCCGGAAGAUAUCUGAGUUAGACAAAUGCUCACAGAGAGUUUUGAUGUAUGGAUCUGAGCUGGAUGCAGAUCACCCUGGAUUCAAAGACAACGUCUAUCGGCAGAGAAGAAAAUACUUUGUGGAUGUUGCCAUGAGCUAUAAAUAUGGUCAACCCAUUCCCAGAGUGGAGUAUACAGCUGAGGAAAUUAAAACCUGGGGGGUGGUUUUUAGGGAACUCAGUAAGCUCUAUCCCACCCACGCUUGUCGUGAAUAUUUAAAAAACUUUCCUCUGCUGACUAAGUACUGUGGAUAUAGAGAAGAUAACGUGCCUCAGCUGGAAGAUGUUUCUAUUUUUCUUAAAGAAAGGUCUGGUUUCACAGUGAGACCCGUUGCUGGAUACUUGUCUCCCAGAGAUUUUUUAGCUGGAUUAGCGUAUAGAGUUUUCCACUGUACUCAGUACGUGCGACAUGGCUCAGAUCCUCUCUACACACCAGAACCGGAUACCUGCCAUGAACUCCUGGGACAUGUACCUCUACUUGCUGAUCCCAAGUUUGCCCAGUUUUCACAGGAGAUAGGACUCGCUUCCCUGGGAGCAUCUGAUGAAGAUGUUCAGAAAUUAGCUACUUGCUAUUUUUUUACUAUUGAAUUUGGCCUUUGCAAGCAAGAAGGACAGCUACGUGCUUAUGGGGCUGGACUUUUGUCUUCUAUUGGAGAACUAAAGGAAGCUUACUUUGUUUCAGAAAGUUUUGAAGAAGCCAAAGAAAAGAUGAGGGACUUUGCCAAAUCAAUCAAUCGUCCCUUUUCUGUGUAUUUCAACCCGUAUACCCAGAGCAUCGAGAUUCUGAAAGACACGAGGAGCAUCGAGAACGUCGUCCAGGAUCUCCGCAGCGAUCUGAACACUGUGUGUGAUGCUUUAAGCAAAAUGUAGUACUAUUUAGGAAUUUGACACUUGCGGUACUGUGGCUUGCCAUCUGCUGCUCUUUCUGUAGCCACUCUAGUAACAUCGCACGGCAUGGCUAACUUUUCCAAUGCAUCAAUUUUCCCUUUGUAGCUUGGCCCGUGGCUUGUGUCGUUAUGUAGCUCUGUCUGAUUGGAAUGUGCAGACAAACCAAGGCAAUGCUGAUUCAUAAAUGCAACAUGGAAUGUGGCAGCAUAUAACCAGCAACAACUCACCACAAUAUCAUCUGCAAGUACACGAUUAAAAACUUAUCUGGCAAUGGUUUUGUUUCCUUAAAAAGGUGAUUUGCUUCAACAUAAUGCAUAAGAAAUGAUGUUGCUGAUUUCAUUAAGAGUCUUAGUUUAUUUCUUUGUAAUCCCUUUCCUCCUAUAAGA